GCCAAUUUUUGACCUUGUGUUCUCAUCCGACUUCUUCGGUCGAGGGAAGAAGCACAGGCGAUACUCUUUGAUCAACACCUCGAAUGAGCUGCUCUCCAACUUCGGCGAGUUGAAAGCAGCCCUUUUUCAUGUACUAGAAGUCGCCGACUUUCCUUUUCUCUUGUUUUAUUACAACCACUAUUCUGUUUAAUGCAUUGAGUUUUGCCUUGCUUCCCAACAAACUUCCCUCCUUCCGGUGGAAGCCCGCCCCUUUCCCUCAUCAUCUCUCUUCUCUCGGACGGCCAGGCAGCAGAAACAUUGCCACUGCUGCGCGAGCCCUCCCCCCCCCCUCUCCUCUCAAGAUGCUCGUCCGCCCCGGCGCCGCACGACAGACCCUCCCGGUGCGCCAUCUUCUCGCAUCCACCCCCCUACGACACUCGACGAGAGGCGCGGCCGUCAAUUCGCUUCCCAAUGUGUCCGAGAGCCGUCGGAUCCUGACUACCGGGUCCGACGCGCGCCCAUGGAAGAAGAAGUCGUAUCGGGCCCUUGUCGGGUUUGAGCGCAACCUGGCCACUGCGCUCGAAGACCACCGGUUUGGCGACGAUGUCCCGUUCGAGGGUCUUUCGACCGGAUUGGCCUCCCAAUACCAGCCGCAAAAGUCACAGCCACCGCUACACAUGCUGAGGCCUUUCAAUGUCAACUCCACGCUGGUUCUCGCCGAGCCGAAACCGUACCCGCCCAAACAACGCCUCAACCCUAUGGGUAUUCCCGGUGACCUGGAGGAAAUGCUCUCGGUAUUCGAAGCCUGCGUUCAGGUCGGAAGGCUGGAUCGUGCCGCGUUGGUUUUGAAGAGAUUCGAGAGGAUGAAAACACUGGAGCCGCACCAGGCAGUGGACCUGCACAAUCGAUAUCUUCAAGGGCGUGUUGCUCAGCUCAUGAAUGAGCCUUCAAAGGAGAAGGCCGAAGAGGUACACAAGUGGUUCGAACUUCACAUUCGGGGUGCUCGACUACCAUUCACCCCCAUCACCAUCGCGUAUAUGCUCAAAACAACCCUUCUCACAUCUGAAGGCUCGACACGGGCGGCUCGGAUAGAUCGCUACAUGAGCAUGAUGCCUCAUCAGAACGCCAAUGAACCGCUGGAUCUGGGGAACGUCCUGAGCGAUGAAGAUCUGGAGACCAUCGCUGAGGUGUGCCCCGCCUACUAUAUUCCCGAAGAUGCUUCCGGUGCAGCCGAAGCUGAAGCCCUCGAGGAGGACGAGAGCACCCAUCUGGAGGAUACGGAGACCCAAGAUGCCCAAAGGAAAGCUUCGAGCGGCACGCCCGAGGUCCGUGAAACUCCUCAGAAGGGCAUGGGACUCAAAUCUUUGAAGACAGCUCUCUCGCUGCUGUCCGAGCUCCCGGAGGGCUUGGAUAUUGCAUCCCUUCCGCUCUCACAACGGCGCGAAGUUCAGGCUAGGUUAGAAAGGGAUUGUGUCGAUGCUGCCAUUGCUAGGUGGCGGGAAGAGAACGAGCAGCUGAUGAGCAUGGGCCUCAAUACCCAGCUGUCAACCCCCUCCCUAAACUCCAAGUUGUACGACUGGCAUCAAGCUCUGGAGGCUCGACUUAUCCAAGAGCAAGCCAAGGUUGAGGCCUCCUUGUCGGCGCCUCGGAAGUCGCGAGAAGACAUGGAGCGCUGCGUCUACGGACCCCAUCUGCUGCAAUCACCCGCAAACCGCCUUGCCGCCGUCGCCAUUCUCAGCGCCCUCAGUAGUCUGGCCAUGCAUGGUGCGGACAAGGGCAUCCCGGUCUCUAACAUGGUCCAACAGUUGGCCAAGAUUGCGGAGGAGGACAUUCGAGCCCAGGCGAUAGCCAAAAACCUUCCUAAAUCGAAACCACGCAAGCAGAAAAGCGCGCGCCAGCUGAUGCGACUCCACGACGCCGCCCCGACCGCGACCACCAAAUCGUCACCCACCGCCACCGCCUCCCCAGCUUCCCAGCCCGCCACGAACAGCGAGCCUUCCGAGUUUGCGUCCCGCUGGCCCAUAGCCAUCAAGGCGAAGUUCGGCGCCGUGAUCCUGGGGGCCCUGAUGGACACAGCAAAGAUCGUGGUGGAGCGGGAGCAUCCAGAGACGAAGGAGAAGGUGACUCAGGUUCAACCGGCCUUUACGCACACUGUGCAGCUCAAAAAGGGGAGGAGAGUUGGUGUUAUUCAACCCAACCGCUCACUGAUCGAGCUCAUGAAGCGCGAGCCCAGGGGAGAAGCGUUGGCUCGCCAUUUGCCCAUGGUUGUUGAGCCCGAGCCGUGGUCCAAGUUUGACAAGGGUGGCUUUAUCACGUCGCCGAGCCCUCUUGUCCGUCUGAAGAACCACGAGAAGGAUCAGCGCAUCUAUGCCGAGGCGGCCAUCGAGCGGGGGGACAUGGAACAGAUGAUGAGGGGCCUGGACGUGCUCGGGAAGACCGCCUGGAAGAUCAACCGUCCCGUAUUCGACGUGAUGCUGGAGGCCUGGAACACCGGGGAGGAGUUUGCAAACCUGCCGGCGCUGGAUCCCAAGAUCCCCAUCCCUCCGGAACCGGAUUCGACCGACGACCCGAUGAAGAGGCGCCUGUGGCUCAGGGCGGUGAAAGCUGCUGAGAACGAGAAGUCGGGGCUGCAUUCCGUCCGGUGCUUCAUGAAUUUCCAGCUCGAGAUCGCACGGGCCUUCCGGGAUCAGACCUUCUAUUUCCCGCACAACAUCGACUUCCGUGGGCGCGCCUACCCGAUACCCACCUAUCUCAACCACAUGGGUGCCGACAACAUGCGCGGUCUGUUGCUCUUCGCCAAGGGCAGGCCUCUCGGGAAAUCGGGGCUGGCCUGGCUCAAAGUCCACCUCUCCAACGUCUACGGAUUCGACAAGGCUAGUCUCAAGGAGCGUGAAGAGUUCGCGGACCGGAACCUUGAGAACAUCUUCGACUCUGCGGACAACCCGCUUACCGGGAAGCGCUGGUGGCUUCAGGCCGAAGACCCUUGGCAGUGCCUCGCCACCUGUUUCGAGUUGAAGGCAGCCCUGUCCUCUCCGGAUCCCACCGCUUACGUCUCUCACCUCCCCGUUCACCAGGACGGGACGUGCAACGGCCUGCAGCACUAUGCUGCUCUUGGUGGUGAUACGUGGGGUGCGCAGCAGGUCAAUCUUCUGCCCGGUGAUCGCCCUGCCGAUGUGUACUCGGCGGUGGCCGAGCUAGUCCAGAAGCAGGUGACGGAGGAUCUCGCCAACGGCAACGAGUUUGCCCAGGCCAUGGAUGGCAAGAUUACUAGGAAGGUCGUGAAGCAGACGGUCAUGACCAACGUCUACGGAGUUACCUUCGUUGGCGCCAAGAAGCAGGUCCAGAAACAGCUGGACUCGCUGUACCCAGACAUCGAGAAGGAAACGGGCCUGAGUUCGGGCGUGCUAGCGUCGUACAUUGCCGCCAAGGUUUUCAUGGCGCUGUCAACGAUGUUCCGUGGCGCCCAUGACAUCCAGAACUGGCUCGGCGAGAUCGGAGGGCGCGUGUGCCGUGCCGUGACUCCGGAGCAGCUAGACCGGAUUGCCGAAGCUUCGGGCGAGAAGGUCGGGUCUGGCGAGGAGUCCAAGUCCACCAAGAAGAAGGCCAAAGCGUCGUCGAAAGCGGGAGACGAGGAUUUGGCCUCUCACUUCCGCAACACCCUCGUGUGGACGACACCGCUGCGGAUGCCCGUGGUCCAACCGUACAGGAAGAGCGGCACCCGGCUGAUUUCGACUUGCCUGCAGGAUCUGGUUCUCACCAACGUGGAUCGGGAUGAUCCAGUGAACCGGCGAAAGCAGCUGCAGGCUUUCCCCCCCAACUUUAUUCAUUCGCUGGAUGCCAGCCACAUGAUGCUGUCGGCUCUCGAGUGCGACGCCAUUGGCCUCACAUUUGCCGCCGUUCACGACUCGUUUUGGACGCACGCGGCCGACGUCGAUGCCAUGAACCGAGUGAUCCGCGAUGCCUUCAUCCGUAUCCACCAAGAAGAUGUCAUUGGGCGCCUCAAGUCCGAGUUCGAAGCACGGUACCGGGGGUCCAUCUACCGGGCAAAGAUUGAUUCCUCGACCGAGGUGGCCAAGAAGAUCAUCGAUUGGCGCAAGAAGAGCCGCAUGGGCGCCAAGGAUGAACUGCUGCUCGAGCGGCGGCGUCAGAUCCUCUUACGCUCACUCGACCCGGAGGAGGUGCGGCAAGGGAAGGAAAUGGUGACGCCUGCCAGCAUUUUUGAGUCGAUGGCGACCCCCGACAUGGUGGCUAACGAUGUCGAUCCCGAAGAGAUGUUGUCCGUGGGCGCCGAGGAUGAAGACGGAGACGGCCACGACGGCGAGCCCAUCGAAAGGGAAGACGUCAGGAACAAGGUGACGGAGGGCCUGAAGAAUUUUGCGGCACACCUGAAGGAGCUCCACGGUACCAACUACUUCGUCAUGGAAAUGAACAAGCCCAAGAGGAAGAAGGAACGGAGUGGCUCGAAGCCAUCGCAGGUCGAGCUCUGGCUGCCGCUGACGUUCCCUGCGAUACCCAAGAAGGGCGACUUUGACGUGACCCAGCUCAAGGACAGCAAGUAUUUCUUCUCUUGAGGUGACGAUAUAUGGCGCGGCACUGAAGGGAGUCUCUGGCAGGAAAAUGUGUUGACUGCUGUACCACUAAACCCGGGUGCUUGGUUGCUUCUAUUGGCGUUUCUGUCUUUUUUUGGCGUGGUUGGCAUUGCUGGCGUGGCGUUUGCGAUAUAUAAAGACGGGGUUGAUCUUGAUGCAUGUACGUUAUUUAACGUCUGGGGUACGUCUGGGGUGGUCGACAACUCCACGAUGAUGUUGUAUACUAUGAGGGGGGAGCAUGGAU